AUGGCGGCAGCAGUGGCCGAAGAUAAUAGUCUUUACCCGAUCGCAAUUCUUGUGGAUGAGCUUAAACAUGAAGAUGUUCAGCUGCGUCUUAAUUCAAUCCGUCAGAUUCGCAUCAUUGCGGACGCAUUGGGUUAUGAACGUACACAAAAUGAGCUCUUACCCUUUAUGAAUGACUCGCUGGAUGACGAGGAUGAAGUACUGCUGGUGAUGGCCGAGGAGCUCGGAGACUUUGUGGAUGUAGUAGGUGGCCCACCUCAUGCCUAUUUGUUGCUCAAGCCUUUGGAAUCACUUGCGACAGUAGACGAGGCUUCUGUUCGUGACAUGGCCGUGCGCUCGAUUUGCAAAGUUGUCGAAGCCAUGGAACCUGAACAUGUCGCCGAGCAUUUUGUGCCGGUACUCCGCCGUCUUGUUACGCGCGACUGGUUUACGUCGCGCAUUGCAUCGUGCAGUCUUUUUCAGGUCGGCUAUUCGCGCCUAUCUGACGAUAUUCAGGCCGAAAUGCGUGGUAUGUUUGGUCAGCUCUGCCGUGACGACACACCGAUGGUCCGCAAGGCAGCAAGCGCUGCCCUUGGCGGGAUUGCGUCCGUAAUGGAUAGCUCUAGUGCGAGCUCGGAGAUGCUGCCGUUAUUUUUAACUCUGGCUACGGACCGACAGGACUCGGUUCGGAUACACACGAUUGACAAUGCGGUCGCCCUGGCACGUUUGCUUCCGGCCGAUGUGCUAUCAACGCAGGUGCUGCCGGCAAUUUUUGAGACAGCGCGCGAUGGCUCAUGGCGUGUGCGAUGGUCUGUUGCCAAUCGGUUCCCAGAGAUCUGCGAAGCCUUGGACGCAGAGACCAUCAAUUCAACAUUUUGUAGCUCAGCCGUCUUGUUGCUAGAGGACAACGAGGCUGAGGUGCGCACUGCAGCCACGUCAAAGAUUCUUGGUGUCGCUCGACGUCUGCAGCCUCAACGAAUGGUCGAAAAAAUUGUGCCGUGUUUUCAGCGAUUGGCGCGUGAUAUGUCGGAUCACGUGCGCUCUGCUUUGGCAUCCGUGGUGAUGAAAGUUGCUCCGUUUUUGGGCCGAGACUUAACAAUCGAGCAUUUACUUCCUCUCUUUCUACUCCUGCUAAAUGACGAAAACUCGGAAGUGCGUUUGAAUGUUAUCUCUAACUUGGAAGAGGGCAACAUGGUCAUCGGAAUUGAGCUACUAUCACAGUCUCUCCUUCCUGCUAUUGUGCAUCUUGCAGAAGAUCGCCAGUGGCGUAUUCGUCUGGCGAUCAUAGAAUAUAUUCCACUGCUGGCUGCUCAAUUGGGACGUGACUAUUUCGAACAGCAGUUGGCGGAGCUUUGCAUGGCAUGGCUAGUGGAUAACGUGUUCUCAAUCCGGGAGGCGGCCACGAUCAACUUGAAAAACUUGACGGAACACUUCGGAGUAGACUGGGCGCGGGCGAGUGUUGUACCGCGAAUCGUUGCCAUGCAUUCAAAUGCUAACUUUUUGCAUCGCCUGACGUCUUUGUACGCGGUGAAGGUACUCUGUGAAGCCAUGACCCCCGAAUCGAUUCAAACCCUCCUAAUUCCUUUAGUUUUGGAGCUGGCACAGGAUCCGGUUCCAAACAUUCGCUUCAAUGCGGCAAAAACACUGGAGGUGCUCGCCCCAAAAGUAGACAUCGACGUGCGCACAAGUACUGUAGUCCCAUGCCUUACGGCGCAACUACAGGAUAGCGACACUGAUGUUGUCUUCUUUGCACAGCAAGCGCUCUCAAAGCUCGGCUAG